UGCGCGAGACAUAAAUGUGCCAGUGGGUCUGUGAAUCAGAGCAGAAAACUGGUGCGAUGAUUAAAACAGCGGCUAUAACAGAUAGUUUUGACUUGUGUUUCGCCAUAUGAAAUCAGUUGGUUGGUGUUUUGUGCGUCAAGUGUAGCUCACAGGAAGGAUCUCAUCAUGCAGACUGAAGCCGUGAUGGAGCAUCACAGCGGCUCACAGAGUUCCUGCAAGACGGGCUCCAAAUCUUGGCAGUACAGCGAUCUGAUGGAAAAGGUGGAUGGUUAUUUGAUGAAGUACACCAAUCUUGUGACUGGAUGGCAGUAUCGAUAUUUUGUCCUCAACAAUGAAGCAGGGCUGCUGGAAUACUUUGUGAAUGAGCAGUCCAGAAAUCUGAAGCCCCGUGGCUUGCUGCCAUUAGCCGGUGCAGUGAUAUCACCGAGCGAUGAAGAUUCGCACACCUUCACUGUCAAUGCCAUUAGCGGAGAGCAGUACAAACUCAGAGCCACGGAUGCAAAGGAGCGACAGCACUGGGUCAGCCGCCUGCAAAUCUGUGCACAGCACCAUACAGAGGCGAUGGGCAAGACAAACCCACCUCUCCAGACUCGCAGUCUCUCUAUUGCAUCUCAGGGCAGUGGCAGUUCUCCAGGAUCUCAGCAUAGGAUCAACCAGAACACAAACGCUCUGUUGGGCCUGUCCCAGCUGCAGAGGGGCUCCUCUCUCUACUCCAGUAGGAAAUCCCUGCUGCCUGAUCACCUGCUGGAGGCCAGAGAGAUGAUGAGCCAGGCGCAGGGCCAGCACAGAGAACUGAUCCAGAGCAUUGAGGGUCUGCCCUCCUCUCAGAGACCUUCUCCACUGGACCAAGACCUGUUGCUGCUGAAAGCCACCUCCCUGGCCACCAUGACCUGCCUCAGUGACUGCCUGCAUAUCCUGCAGCUCCAGCAGGUGGCUCGACAGAAAGUUCCUUUUGGUGGCCCCGCCAUGGAUUGGCUGGAGCCAAAACUUCCUGACAUCCUGAAGAAUGGAGGGACGCUGCCCAGCAUCACCAAAGAUGAUGGUAAAACAGAGGGAACAGUUCUAGAACCACUAGAAAUGGACUCUUGUGAUAUUGCUGGGGAGGAGAUUGAUACCACACAGGAGGUGGAGGAGGACUCUUCAGCUGAAGAGGAGGAUCUGGGUGCUGUAGAAGAGGAGCGAAGUGUCAUUCUGCACCUCCUCUCUCAGCUGAAACUGGGCAUGGACCUCACCAGGGUGGUCCUACCUACUUUCAUACUGGAGAAGCGUUCCCUGCUGGAAAUGUAUGCAGAUUUCAUGUCUCAUCCGGACCUUUUCACGGCCAUCACUGACGGCACCAGCCCGAUGGACCGCAUGGUCCGAUUUGUGGAAUAUUACCUUACUUCUUUCCACGAAGGUCGCAAAGGUGCCAUUGCCAAGAAGCCCUACAAUCCCAUUAUUGGAGAAACCUUCCACUGCUCUUGGAGAGUACCCAAAGCGACAACACCUCCGACAGGGGUCCCCAAAGAGGGGACAUCAUUUACGUCAGACUGCUACAAUGUCCGCUUUGUGGCUGAGCAAGUUUCACAUCAUCCACCUGUGUCAGGUUUCUAUGCAGAAUGUCCAGAGAGACAGAUGUGUGUGAACACGCAUGUGUGGACCAAGAGCAAGUUCAUGGGCAUGUCUAUUGGCGUCUCUAUGAUUGGAGAAGGUAGUCUACACCUAUUAGAGCAUGAUGAAGAAUACACCUUCAGUUUGCCCUCUGCCUACGCUCGAUCAAUCCUCACUGUGCCCUGGGUGGAAUUGGGAGGAAAGGUCAAUGUCAACUGCGCAAAGACUGGCUACUGUGCAGUCAUCACCUUUCAGACAAAGCCUUUCUAUGGGGGCAAGCUGCACAGAGUGAUCGCGGAGGUCAAACACAACCCCACCAACACCGUGGUGUGCCGCGUGCAGGGAGAGUGGAAUGGCACGCUGGAGUUUAUCUACACCAGCGGAGAGACACGUGUCAUAGAUGUUACCAAACUCCCUGUCACUAGAAAAAGAGUGCGGCCCAAUGAGCUGCAAGGAGCCUAUGAGUCCAGGCGACUGUGGCAGCAUGUGACAGAGUCUCUGAAGGAAAGGGAUAUGGACAAAGCCACAGAACACAAGCGCUUCUUGGAGGAAAAACAAAGGAAAGAGGAAAGGCAUCGUGCAGAGACAGAGACGCCAUGGAGGACCAAAUACUUUGAGCCCAAUGGUGAGGGAUGGGUAUAUUACCAACCACUGUGGAAAACAACAGCUCAUAGCUCUUCCCUGGUUCCCUCUCAGCCCAACCCAUGACCUCUGACCCCCUAAAAGCUGAGCACAGGCACUGUACAGCCUCCAGCUGUAGUAAACCCCUGGUCCAGCCUUCCCUCUCUCACAGAUCAAGACAUAAUUCUCUCCUUUGUAUGAUUCCUAAAAAAACAACAACUUCAAAUCAAGUGUUUGUAACACGCUAUGUGGACUGCGGGUUUGCACUUUGAUGUUCAUAUUUUGCAUCCCUUGAUGGUAGAUUUUUGUAAAACUACACAGUGAAUGAUUUAUCCAAUCCACACACUGAUAUUCUUUGUUGAUGUUGCCUUAACGAGUGUCGUAUGUAACGAGGGCUGAGUACAGUGUGUGGCGGUUCUUAUUACGUGGGAUUGUGUUUGAGGUUUAUUUAUGAACUACUUUAUUAACCAUACUGUGGUGUACUGUAUUAUUAUAACCAUGGUACGGUCAAAGUUUUCUGAUUCUUUUAAAAUCAUACGUGACUUACCAUGAUUUCUGAAAUCAAAUGCAAUGCAGGAUAUGGGGAGUUCAAAAGGACAGGCAUCUAGCUACGUCGCUAACUGGCGAGCUGGAAAUUGUUGUUGCUUAGUACAGCCAGACACAGUUGUCUUCAUGAAUGAGAAGUUGCUGGCUUGGCUUUCGUAUUAUGCUGUGUUUUUGACUUGCUCGCUCUGGUAUACAGUAUGAAACUUGUAGGCACUGCACACUGAAUUUGUUGAUAUCUGGGAUGAACAUCAGUAUGAUAAAAGAGCUCAGGUAGAGGUGUUCUGCUUGGUGUUCAAUGAACAAUUAUGUCUGCUUUAGUUUAAAGAAAAUUUUAAAGGAAUAUUUCCCCAAAAAAUGAAAAUACUGUCAUUUACUCACCUUCAUGUUGUUUCAAACCCAUAUGACUUUCUGUCUACCGUGGAAUAUAAAGGGAGAUAUUUGGCGGAAUGUUGUGAAUUGACAGCCUCAGUCACCAUUCACUUUCAUUGUAUGGAAAAAAUAUGCAAUGAAAGUGAACAGUGACUGAGGCUGUCCAUCCUUAAAAUUCUGCCUAAAAUCUAAUUGAGUUUUCCAUGAAAAAAAAUCAAAUGUGUUUUGGAACAAAAUGAGGCAGAGUAAAUGAUGACAGAAUUUUCAUUUUUGGAAGAACUUUUCCUUUGUGGAGCACCUUAAUGGUUUAAACUAUAGAAAAGGGCCAGCCUUAUAAUCUUCUGUAUAUGCACAGUAAUAUGUGUAGACAUGCAACCUGAUCAGACAGUUUUGUUGGAAAUAAGCUCUCUCAAACAUUAAAUCAAUCUGAUUUGUCAAAGUUAUGCACACUUUGCACAACAAUGCUACUCUGUUUCGCUCAUUGAGUUCUACCUCGACUGAAACAUUGAUCUUUAAAGGAAUAGUUCUCUCAAAAAAUUAUAAUUUGGUUGUCAUUUACUCACUCUGGUCAUUCCUAUCCCGUAUUACAUCAAGUACCCAUGCACAUUGCAGGAAGUUUGAAUAUACGUGACUGCAAAUGAGACCUAUAACAGAGGGUAAGAUUAUUAGUGAACAACACUUACAUUUCAGUGCGUUCAUCACACAAAGCUAUCGGAUGACUUCAAAAGACUUAUAGCGCAUAUGUUAUAUGGACUGCUUUUAUGGUGGUUUUUUUUUUUAGCUUGGCAGUGUAAAUUACCAUCCACGUUGCUUGCAGCGAAAAGAGCCAUUCGUGUUUCACAGAGGUAAGAUACAGGGGUUUGAAACUACACGAGGGUGAGUAAAUGAUGACAGAAUUGUUAUUUUUAGGUGAAUUAUUUCCAUUAUAAGCAGUAGAGCUGUUCACCCAUGAUGUCACUUUGUAGGCAAACCUGGAAGGCUAUUUCGGCUAAUGGCAGUUUUGGGUAUGAUUGGGUAAAAUAAGUUAUGAAUGUCCACAUUUAUUCAAGUAAUGCACAGUUGAAGUCAGAAGUUUACAUACAUUUAGGUUGAAGUCAUUAAAACAAAUUUUUUAACCACUCCACAGAUUUAAUAUUAGCAAACUAUAGUUUUGGCAAGUCGUUUAGGACAUCUGCUUUGUGCAUGACACGAGUAAUUUUUCCAACAAUUGUUUACAGACAGAUUAUUUCACAUUAAAUUGACUAUAUCACAAUUCCAGUGGUUCAGAAGUUUACAUACACUAAGUUAAAUGUGCCUUUAAGCAGCUUGGAAAAUUUCACAAAAUGAUGUCAAGCCUUUAGACAAUUAGCUUCUGAUAAGAGGUGUAUUGAACUGGAGGUGUACCUGUGGAUGUAUUUUAAGGCCUACCUUCAAACUCUGUGCCUCUUUGCUUGACAUCAUGGGAAAAUCAAAAGAAAUCAGCCAAGACCUCAGGAAAAAAAAAUUGUGGACUUCCACAAGUCUGGUUCAUCCUGGGGAGCAAUUUCCAAAUGCCUGAAAGUACCAUGUUCAUCUGUACAAACAAUAGUACAGAAGUAUAAACACCAUGGGACCAUGCAGCCAUCAUACUGCUCAGGAAGGAGACUCAUUCUGUCUCCUAGAGAUUAAUGUAGUUUGGUGUGAAAAGUGCAAAUCAAUCCCAGAACAACAGCAAAGGACCUUGUGAAGAUGCUGGAGGAAACCGUUAGACAAGUAUCUAUAUCCACAGUAAAACGAGUCCUAUAUCAACAUAACCUGAAAGGCUGCUCAGCAAGAAAGAAGCCACUGCUCCCAAACUGCCAUAAAAAAGCUAGACAGUUUGCAAGUGCACAUGGGGACAAAUAUCUUACUUUUUGGAGAAAUGUCCUCUGGUCUAAUGAAACAAAAAUUUAACUGUUUGGCCAUAAUGACCAUUGUUAUGUUUGGAGGAAAAAGGGUGAGGCUUGCAUGCCGAAGAACACCAUCCCAACUGUGAAGCAUGGGGGUGGCAGUAUCAUGUUGUGAGGGUGCUUUGCUGCAGGAGGGACUGGUGCACUUCACAAAAUAGAUGGCAUCAUGAGGAAGGAAAAUUGUGGACAUAUUGAAGCAUCAUCUCAAGAAAUCAGCCAGGAAUUUAAAGCUCGGUCGCAAAUGGGUCUUCCAAAGGGACAAUGACACCAAGCAUACCUCCAAAGUUGUGGAAAAAUGGCUUAAGCACAACAAAGUUAAGGUAUUGGAGUGGCCAUCACAAAGCCCUGACCUCAAUCUGAUAGAAAAUUUGUGGACAGAACUGAAAAAGCAUGAGCUUUUGGAAGGCUACCCAAAACGUUUGACCCAAGUUAAACAAUUUAAAGGCAAUGCUACCAAAUACUAACUAAGUGUAUGUAAUCUUCUGACCCACUGGGAAUGUGAUGAAAGAAAUAAAAGCUGAAAUCAUUUUCUCUACUAUUAUUCUGACAUUUCACAUUCUUAAAAUAAAGUAGUGAUCCUAACUGACCUAAGACAGGGAAUGUUUUCUACGAUUAAAUGUCAGGAAUUGUGAAAAACUGUGAAAAAUUAAUUCCAAAACUGCCAUUAUAGAAACCCAUAGAAAAUCCAAAGGGAGACCCAUUGCUUGAAACUGCUAAUUCUCUUCCGGGUUUUGGGACUACAACCUGAACAGCUGUAUUGAAUGUGUUGAAAGCAACAGAGGAUUAACGUUUUAGAGGAGAUGAAUAUAAUUUUUUUGAGUUUUGAGCCACAAAAAGAUGCUGAAAUAUGAGGUCUCAAAAUCCCUCUUGAUCAAGGCCUUGAUGAUUUUGUGUUUAAGCUCUUCAUCGUUGAUUUUCUGCCAGCGGGUAACAGUUUUGCAUCUCUCAUAUAACGUCUCUGCUUCAGCCCUGGCAUUGGUUGUGCUGAGAAACUUGUGCCUUAUUUGUGUUAGUCUUCCUCCCGUUCUACCACAUAUACACCCAUCAUCUUUCUCAUUAAACAGAGUAAGAGUGAAGCCAAAGCCGUUGUACAUAUCAUGUUUCUUUUUCCUGUCAGCAAAAUAGAGAAUUCCUACAAGCUGUUUCAUAUAUGUCAGCUUUGCUCUUCACUCAAAAGAACUUAUUUUGCUGAGCCAUCAACUGCACUGAUGUUUUAAAUACACUCCCUGUAGCCUCAGAAAAAAAAAGAUAUCAUUGAAAAAAAUAAAAUUGUUCAAAUAUGGUUUGAUUGGUGACUGUUGCAUUGUGGUAUCAAGAAUGAGAUAUGAAACUGUGAAACUGUGGUGUCUGUGAGGUCCAAAAGUCUGAGACCACUGGUUAAAAUGCUUUUAUUUUGCAUUCUUUUCCAAUUUAAGUUUUUUUUUUUUCAUUAGAAAUUUUAUAAUCAAAAUAACAAUUUUAAUGAAAAAUUGAAUUGAUAAUUUUACAUGAUUUUUAUUUUAUUGCAUUUGGUAUGUCCUCCCUGUUGCUUUAAUGACAGCAUGCACUCAAGCUGGCAUGGACUCAAGAAAUUUGGGCAAAACCUGAUGAUCCAUGUUAUUCCAGCAUGUUUUGGUAAUUUUCCUAAGAACUUCUUUUGUGUUUCAAUGGAAGCAAGAGAAUGUGAUCUUUUGUACAAUUGAGUUAAAGGGAUAGUUCACUCAAAAAUGAAAAUUCUCUCAUCAUUUACUCAUCCUCAUGCCAUCCCAGAUGUGUAUGACUUUCUUUCUUCUGCUGAACACAAAUGAAAAUUUUUAGAAGUAUAUUUCAGCUCUAUAGGUCCAUACAAUGUAAUUAAAUGGGUACCAAACUUUUGAAGCUCUGAAAAGAACAUAAAGGUAACAUAAAAGUAAUCCAUUAGACUCCAGUGGUUAAAUCCAUGUCUUCAGAAGAGAUCUGAUAGGUGUGAGUGAGAAACUGAUCAAUAUUUAAGUCCUUUUUACUAUAAAUGCUCCUCCCUGCCCAGUAGGUGGCGAUAUGCACAAAGAAUGUGAAUUGCCAAAAACAAAAAAAGAAGAAUGGAGAUGGAUAGUAAAAAAGGACUUAAAAAUGAUCUAUUUCUCACCCACACUUUUCAUAUCACUUUUGAAGAUA